AUGGCACAAGCGCUGAAGCUGGUUCGCACCGCUCGGCGCGCUGCAUCGCGCGCAGCUGACGCGGGCCCAUCACCGCUUUCCGCCUUUUCCAAUCCCCCGUCAUCCCCGAUAUCUGCCUUCCGCAACACACCGCCCUCUCCGCUGAUACUACCACUCCUUCCCCCGCCUUGCGCAGGCAGCCCCCUGCCCGCCAACCUAUGCGCAGCCAGCGGAAUAGAAUUAGGCGCUUUCCGCACCCGGAAUCCCCGCGCAUUAGCCGCAGAGCAUGCCUUUAGUGGCUUCCGCGCCCCCACUACCGCCUCGUUCGCCGCUGCGCCAGUUAUCCCCGCCGCCACCCCACCACCCUCCGCUGCCCCUGCCGUUUCCGCCUUCCGCCACUUCCUUGCCGCGCCCGCGCCUUCCCCUUCACCAUCCCUUCCGCCACCACCCGCCGUGCAUUCCCGCGCAGCUGCGACCACAGGUGGGGGAGGAGUGCGCGUGAGGGGCAUGAGCGGGGGGAGCGGGGGGAGCGGGGGAAGCAUCUAUGUGAGAUCGACGCGGGAGCCAAGCGGAUUGGCAUCCGUGCCGCUGGUGCCGCUCGUUCUCGCCAGCCAGCAGCAGCGCAGGCAGCGUAUGGGGCAGUCAUUCUCGCCUUUCUGGGGGGGCCGCACUGGGGGCUCGCCAUGGCGCGAUACGCUGCCAGUCAGUGCUGCCGCCCCUUGCUUUCCUCCCCCUGCUGCCUGCCCUCCUCCCCCUGCUGCCUGCCCUCCUCCCCCUGCUGCCUGCCCUCCUCCCCCUGCUGCCUGCCCUCCUCCCCCUGCUGCCUGCCCUCCUCCCCCUGCUGCCUGCCCUCCUCCCUCUGCUGCCUGCCCUCCUCCCUCUGCUGCCUGCCCUCCUCCCUCUGCUGCCUGCCCUCCUCCCUCUGCUGCCUGCCCUCCUCCCCCUGCUGCCUGCCCUCCUCCCCCUGCUGCCUGCCCUCCUCCCCCUGCUGCCUGCCCUCCUCCCCCUGCUGCCUGCCCUCCUCCCUCUGCUGCCUGCCCUCCUCCCCCUGCUGCCUGCCCUCCUCCCCCUGCUGCCUGCCCUCCUCCCUCUGCUGCCUGCCCUCCUCCCUCUGCUGCCUGCCCUCCUCCCUCUGCUGCCUGCCCUCCUCCCUCUGCUGCCUGCCCUCCUCCCCCUGCUGCCUGCCCUCCUCCCCCUGCUGCCUGCCCUCCACCCCCUGCUGCCUCCCUUCUCCCCCCCGCCGGCCUUGCUGCACAGCCCUGUCGUUCGCUCAUUGUUUUCCUUCUCUCUCCACCCUGCCCCCUGCCCUUCUUUCUCUCCUCCCCUGCCUUUACCCGUCUUUUAUCUCCUCCCCUUCCUCUCCGCCCUGCUCCACCGUACACAGCAACAUCUGAGGCGAGUCUAGGCAACUUCUCAGUCUCAGCUGCACGGUACACAUGGAGUGUGGCGCCGUCCCUGGCUGCAUGGGUGGCGCUGCUGCUGCCAGACGGCUCCAAAUUCGCCCUCCUCCUCUCCUCCUUCCUCCUGUGCAAUCUGCAUCUGCACAUCCCAACUCGUCCUUUUUCGCUCUCUCCUGUGUGCGAGCAGGUGUUGGGUGCAGAUACAGUCUUUGCCCGCAUGGCAUUAGUGCCUUCAUGGUAUCUGCCUCUCCGAGUGCUGCUCUCCUCCGUUGCUCUCCUCAGCCUCGCCGCCACCGCAUUCACCGUCGUAACUGGCACCGCCAUCUCACAAUCAUCUCCGCAAUCCACUGCCCACUCACAAUCAACCCCUUCUGCCGCUCACUCAACUGCCGCGCCUUCGCCUACUGAUCAGCAGCCCGUUCACUCCUCUCACCCCUCAUCCACCCAUCCUUCAACCUUUGAAUCCUCUCCCUUAGCAAAGCAGUAA